AUGAUCCUGAAGAAGCCUCUUCAUAGUACUCCAAAGAGACUGCAGAGAAUGCUGUUAAGAUUACAACAGUAUGAGGUAAACCUGUUAUAUCAUCCGGGAAAGCAAAUGUACUUAGCAGAUACACUAAGCCGUGCAUACUUGCUGGAUGAACCCCUGGAUGGUUUGCAGACAGACAUUGAGACAGUGAACAUGUUAGAUUAUCUACCGAUUGCAGAACCGAGAAAAGAUGAUAUCAGACAACACACAGAAAGCGAUGAAAGCCUUCAGAUGUUGUCUAAAGUGAUACAAACUGGAUUUCCAGAAAAUAAGGCCCAGUUAACUGCACAAAUAACUCCUUACUUUCAUAUCCGUGAUGAACUAAGCACACAGAAUGGUGUGAUAUUCAAAGGUGAGCGAGCAGUAGUACCACGUUCACUAAGAGAUGAUAUGUUAAAACGUAUUCAUUCAUCACAUAUUGGUAUUGAAGGAUGUCUACGCAGAGCCAAAGAAUCAUUGUACUGGCCAAACAUGAGUGCAGAGAUCAAAGAUUACAUCGCAAAAUGUGAUGUGUGCCAGACUGUAGGAACGCGACAACAGAAAGAAACUCUGAUUCCGCAUGAAGUUCCAAAUAGGCCGUGGGCAAAAGUUGGGACCGACCAGUUCGUAUUGAAUGGAAGAGAUUACUUAGUCACUGUAGACUACUAUUCCAACUAUUGGGAGAUUGACUACUUACCAGAUACAACAGCGAAAACAGUUAUAAGUAAACUCAAAGCCCAAUUUGCUAGACAUGGCAUACCAGACACAUGUAUCUCAGAUAACGGUCCACAGGAAGUGUCAGAAGCAUUUAAGAAAUUCAGCAAAGAUUGGGGAUUCGAACAUAUUACUUCUUCUCCACGAUACCCCCAGAGCAAUGGUAAAGUUGAGAACGCAGUGAAGACAGUAAAGAACAUCAUGAGAAAAGCACGACUAGCUGGCUCAAACCCUUACUUAGCUAUACUAGAUUUCAGAAACACUCCAACUCAAGGAAUGAACAGCAGCCCAGUGCAGAGACUCAUGAAUAGGAGAACAAAGACUACACUACCUACAACUGCAAAACUUCUCAAACCGUCAGUAGUGAGAAAUGUAGGAAAGCAGAUAAAGAAGAACAAAGCAAAGCAAGCAUACUACUAUAACAAAGGAGCCAAAGAUGUACAAACACUUCAGCAAGGAGACACAGUAAGAAUUAUGCCUACUGCAAUAUCAGACAAAGAGUGGAAAAAGGCUGAAGUCAACAAACAAGUGAACAUUAGGUCAUAUGAAGUUACAACAGAGGAAGGACGAAUUCUACGUAGAAACCGCAAACACCUGAGGAAAACCGGUGAGAAAUACACUCCAAAUGAAACCGCUGACAUAGUUGCUACUCCUGCAAAUCUAGCAACAAGAAUAGAAACCAAGAAGCAGGAACACAAGAUCAUAUCUCCAGAUGUCUCCAUAGCAGAGCAAGAUGACAAAGCAUACAAUAGUACACAAAACAUAGCGGAAAAUUCAGUUAGAAUGACUAGAUCAGGAAGAGUAAUCAGAAAGCCGCAAUAUUUAACGGACUAUGUAGAAAACUGUUAG